GCCAAUUCUCCUUACCUGUGGAAUUUCCCAGAAGGCAUCAUCAAAAUGGACGAUUGUCAGUGAAGUCUUUUUGGUAGCGAACUCAGGAAUGUGAUGGAAACAUGUCGAUAGAUUGGCUUGAUAAGAUUAAGAAUCGACUAUUAGAAGCCCUGGAUCAUGCAAGACGGCAUUAGAAAGUUCGUAUGAUUUUUUAAACACAGCAAGACAAGAAACUUCGUUAAUUAGUCAGAUAACAACUCUGGAUGAUCAUCGUAGAACUCUUCUCAAGGCCUAUUAAAUUUGGGCCAGAUUAAAUAUUAAGGAAAGAACAUAAGAAUUUUUAUCGUCAAAUCCAACAUUCAAAUGUUUUUUUUAAGAUUGAAAACUACAGUAUGAUUUCAGGAUUAUUCUUUAGCCAGUGGAUUAUAUUGAAAAGGAAGAUGACUUCUAUUCAAAUACGGUAGAAUUUCUUUGGAAAUAUGUAGCGAGUUUUUCUCGUAUUAGCCAAUAAAUGCAACAGGCAAAUUGAAAACCAUUUAAGAGAAUACUUCGUCUUCUCUCUUUAUAUUAUUGCGUACCCCCAUGGAUUCAGAUGAUUGUAAGGGACGCUAACUGAAGUUGUAUGAGGGGAGUAAAAAAGGAUGCAACAGAACGACAAUAAAGUAUUUGUUGGUAACCACCGUCAGAUGCUCCUCGACAUUAAAAGUAGUUUGGACCAACGUCAAUUGAAUACUGACCAAUCAAAGGCAAGUGCAAGCAAUGGCAAAACACACCAACAAGGAAGGCUGUUGAGACCUAGGCCCAGUAACUGCCAUGAUGAUACUCUACAGAAAAUCAGUGAACAACUUGUCUCCCAUAAACUUGGUCCUACUAAUGAUCGUUUAAUCAGACCUACAGCAAGAGGACUUGAUGCUUCUGAUAGUGUUGCUCGGUCUGCAAAGAAUGGAACUUGUAAUGGCAAGACUACGUUUGCAGAUGGUCCGUACUUACCCAACAAAUCAACCAAUGUAGAGGAAAGAAAACAUGUUGUGUCCCCAGCCCCUGAUUCAUUUACUCUUGAGGGUACGAGAGUGCAUUCAAAUAAUGUUCCAACAAGACACUUUGGGACGGACACAAAACUUGCUUAUGGAACACGAUAUGAAGGUGGUGUAUCGGAUUGGUCAUCUUCAACCCCAUUGCAAUACAGGGGACAAACACCACCUCUUAAUGGGGAAGUUCGCACAACUCAAGUAAUGAAUCACCAGGUACCAUUGCGAUCAAAUUUCAGACAGACAGUCAGUUUAUAUCCACAUGGGACUAAAUCAGAUGUAGAUGUCAGUAGAUCAAAAUACAUUGAACAGCCUUCUACACAUCUUGGUAACUUUGGUCCCGGACGCCUUAAGCAACUCCACCGUGGGGAUUACCCGCAGGUUGCUCAACCGAACUACUAUUCAGCAGAUCCCUGCGUUGUUGUCAAUAAUCCUAGGCAAAUGCCUUAUGGAAGUAGUACAUCUUCAGUGUCAAAAUCGAUAAGUAAACAUCAAAACGUUGAUUUAACUUACCUUGAGGAAAUUCUUGAAACUAAUCCCAAUAUACAGAGGGCCUCUCAGCACUCACCUGCUGGUUACCCUCCUGGCUACCCUCCAGGUACUACUUCCUCUGUUCAACAGAUGAUGAAACAUGACAGCUAUGUGAGUUCCUUGCAAGUCAGUAUGAUUCAACCAUCUUCUAGCCAGUAUUAUAUCGGACAAUCUAAUCGUGUUAUCAACAACAAACCACCACCAAGCUACGAGAAAAGCAUACAGGACAGCCUUUCUACUCGUUCACUGGCAAAUAAAAAGUUCAAUGAUGUUGGAAUGCGUCCCAAGUACAUGGCAUCGCAAGAAAGACCGUCACCACCAGCGUAUAGGAUGCCAGAUUCAAUAAAAGUUGAACCUGCUGUUUCAAAUCUUCCCAUUCCUGCAACCGCGACGACUACAACUACCUUUACACCUGGCAUGUAUAACUCACAAAUAACACAGUACAAAACAAGUAGCUAUAAUGUUUCUAAACCUGUACUGCAAACUGCUCAUGCUCCAAACGAACAACCUCCAGCAAGGGGUGCCUCGCCCGACACAAUUAGCACACAGAGCACCCAAAGUACGCAGAGCACACAUAGCUCUGUGCGUUCCGAUUCGCCUUCUUUACGCAAUUCGCCUGGGAUUCAUAGUGACAACGGUGAAACCAAUGAUGAAGAUGUUGCGGGCAAACAAAGGAUUGAGUCACCAAAACCGGAACGUAAAGCAUUUGCGGAAACGUUUGAGGCAUCGGGUAAGCGGUUAAAAAGCUACUCGCCGCAAGCGUACAAGUUUUACAUGGAACAACAUGUUGAGAACAUUAUGAAAUCGCAUCAGCAAAGGAUAACGCGUAGGAAACAGCUUGAGACGGAAAUGGCGCGUGUCGGUUUAUCUGAAGACGCUCAGGAACAGAUGAGGCGGAUGCUGUACCAGAAGGAAUCAAAUUAUAUCCGACUCAAACGAGCAAAGAUGGCAAAGAAUCUUUUUACAGUUCACAAAACCUUGGGUAUUGGUGCAUUUGGAGAAGUAUCAUUGGUGAGAAAAAAGGACACAAAAGCUCUGUAUGCAAUGAAAACUUUACGUAAAUCGGAAGUGCUAAAACGCAACCAAGUUGCACAUGUAAAAGCAGAGCGGGAUAUUUUAGCUGAAGCUGACAAUGAGUGGGUAGUACGCUUGUACUAUUCCUUUCAGGAUCAGAAUAAUCUAUAUUUCAUAAUGGAUUACAUUCCAGGGGGCGACUUAAUGAGCCUUUUAAUUAAGUUUGGAAUUUUUAAGGAGGGCCUAGCGAGAUUUUAUAUUGCAGAGUUGGUGCUGGCUAUAGAUAGUGUACAUGUUAUGGGUUUUAUACAUCGUGAUAUCAAACCGGAUAAUAUCCUUAUUGAUCGUGAUGGUCAUAUUAAAUUGACAGACUUUGGCUUAUGCACUGGAUUUCGGUGGACUCAUGAUUCCAAAUAUUAUCAGAAAGCUGGGGUUCAUGCUAGGCAAGACAGUAUGGAGCCGUCAGAAGAAUGGGGAGAGGAAAAAUGUAGCUGUGGAGAGGACUAUGGUCAUUCGGUUAAGUCCAAAGGUCUAAAGACUCUGGAACGGCGCAAGAAGCACAAACGCUGCAUAGCACAUUCUUUGGUCGGAACACCAAAUUAUAUUGCUCCGGAAGUGCUGCUGAGGGAAGGUUAUACAAGUGCCUGCGAUUGGUGGAGUGUAGGGGUCAUAAUGUAUGAGAUGCUGGUAGGCCAACCGCCAUUUCUGGCAGAUACGCCUGCAGAAACUCAGAAAAAGGUUAUAUACUGGAAAGAUUAUCUGAGGAUUCCGCAUGAAGCCGGACUAACCUACGAAGCUGAAGAUCUGAUCUUGAAACUGUGCACUGCACCCGAAAAACGGCUAGGCAGGACCGGUGCUGACGAAAUCAAGAGACAUGCGUUUUUUAGUUCCAUUGAUUUCACCAACAACAUCCGGCAUACCAAAGCACCAUACUUACCGCCUAUCAACUUUCCGACAGAUACACAAAAUUUUGAUCCAAUAUCUUCACCGGAUCGCGGUAACUCUGAUGGCUCAAGCGAGGAUGAAGCCUUUGAUGUAUACUUUGGAAGGAAGAUGAAAAAUGGAAAACAUCCGGAACAUGCGUUUUUUGAGUUCACAUUCAGACGUUUCUUUGAUGAGGGUGGCCAUCCCCACCCAUGCCCCAUACUUCCUAGCAAAAGUCCAAGCCCCUGUCCUAGCUCUGCAAGCACUAGCUCUAAGUCCAGCAAUAGAGAACAGCAAGAGCCUGUGUUUGUGUAAGCAACUCUAUCGGCUGAAAAAAAUCUAUUAUAAAUGGGUCUUUUUAAGUUGGGAGGCGAGAGAUGUAGUGUACAAGGGGGCUUCAAAUUUAUAAACCAAUUGGCAACUCAGUUACCAUAACAAUUUUAUUUGUAUGACAAGAAUAUUUUACAUAUUUCCAGAAAAUUUAAAAAUUCUUUUAUUUUUUUAUAAAAUAAUGAAUACAAAUAAAGUAAGGGUACCUUGAAAAGUCACUUAUGGGUAAUUUAAUAUGACAGUUGCAUCAUGGGUAACUAUUGCCUGUAAAAUCCUCAACAGUUGCAUUGUAGCAACUUUACUACUAUGAUAUCAGUUUCAUUAUUUUUUAUAUAUAUAUAUUUUGAUAUUUAUAUGCUUGUACAAUAUUGAAAGCAAAAUUGGGAAAUAACUCGCAGCAGAUUUAAAGUUAAAAUAUAGGAAUGGAAAUGUGUUGAUAGCAUUUAAUGUUGGUUAUUUUUACCAUCAUUUAGUAUAGCUAUUUAAUUGCUUGGCACAAUUUUUACCUAUGUGACCUGAAUUCCCUAAUAUUUAGUUUACAGUAUUCCAAAAUAAGUCAAUCAAAUUGAAUAGAAAACCAGGCAAUAUUGUGUGAACUUCGCUCUUUUUAUUACUGAUAAUGGCAAUUAGUCAAUUGUAGCAUUAUCUUUUAGGUUUCAACAUAAUUUCCCUAUUCUUGAAUGAUCCUUAAUUUGUUACCGUUUAUUGCUUAUUGAAUUAUUGCAUCAUUUUUCAAAAAUUUAAGAUAUUUUGGACGUACGUUGGUCAAAAAUGUAUCUUUCAAUUGUUUUAAUCUACAGUAGUGGUAGACCAAAAAGUAAAAAGUCGAUUAACCCUACCCUUUUCACUAAAAACCAAUAGGUCCACUAAUCUCUACUAUACUAUAAUCUCAUUAUACUAUGUAUAAUACAUAGUAUUCAAGUAUUGAAAGGUAUGCCAUUGUGUUGGGAUUCAGUAUUUUGACAUAAGUUAUGUAAUUUUUUGACUAAAAUUGCCAUUAUCAUUACUAAAUCCUCAAUUAACCCAGCCAGAGAAAAUAGAAAGGAAAGAGAGCACAGUCCUGUUUGAAGAUACAGGUCUCCCUCCAAUCAAAGACCACUUUUGGAACUGGGGUUUCCCAUGGUCUUUAUCAGCUUUUGUCUCUCAUUACACAAGAUGCAUUCAUUUAUAAAAUUAUAAUAUUAAUCGAUCGAUUAAUCAAUAAUAUUAAUAUUUUUAAAAAAAGUGACAACUGAAAGCAGCGGGCAUCCUCUCAUAGCUGUGUAUAAGGGCGUAUCAUUACGGAGAACGUCUGGAACGCUAUUUGGCCAAAUCUACGUAUGCAGAGAAAGUAGGAUGCUAGGUAGGACGGUCAUGCAUGAGUGCUUUCGUUCUAGCGUCACGUCGCACAAAUCGAAAGCUCCCUGUUUGUUUACACUCACAAGUGUCCCGUGCUCUCUUUUGAUUCUAUACUCUUUGACCCGACCCUUGUUCCCAUUUUUAAAAGCCUAGGUCCUCCCCUGUAUUCAGGGUAAGAUUUAGUUUGUUAGAUUUUAAAUUUAUUUUAUUGUUUUUUUGUUUUUUUUUCAAAAGUUGGUGGCGCUGCUCUUCGCUACUGGACAAAAUAUGAUUUUGUUCUUAAACAAUGCUCGACAAAAUAUAAAUUCUGGUUACCUUGACGUCACAAUCUUAUGACACACAUAUUGGGUGUAAACAGAUUUUAUUUUCAGUGUUUAUUGGGAAGAAAAUAAGAAAUUGCCUUUAAGGUGAAUUAAGCAUAAAUGCAUCUUCACGUAGUGGCUACACUAGUAAAAAAAUUGUAAAAUUUUGGUGAGAGUUUAAACAUUAUUCAGCUAGUCUUCAGAAAAGUCUGAUAUCUGAAUGGGUCUAGUGAGUUGGGAGAUAAGCACAAUCGCCUUGGUCUCAUCACCUUGUGUAAAUAGUGUAUGUUAUGGUUUUACGCACCCCUUGGAGUUGUACAGAGAUGUCCGAUCUAUACAGUGGCAUUAGUUGCAGGCAGCGGCUAAACUAACAAUGCCCCUGAAAUUCCACUGCUAUUAAAGCUGUUAUAUUUGCAAGAAAUAAAUAUCAAAUAAAAUUCUAUGUUAUUAAAAA